UGGGCAGUGAAAUUCUUCCCUUGUGGAUCUGAAACAUACUAGUACUAGAUUCGUUUGUGAAUCUCCCCUCGCCUCUUUUAUUUGCUCGUCGUUGCUUUGCUUCCGCUGUGUGUUUGUUGGUCCCGUGUUUAAUUUGUUGGUUGAAGAAGAGAGAGGCAUGGUGAAGGUGAAGAAGGAGGGACCCUGCUUCCAUUGCCGAGUCAUGAGCAGUCCUCUCUGGCGACACGGGCCACCGGAGAAGCCGGUGCUCUGCAAUGCGUGUGGGACAAGAUGGAGGAAAAAGGGUACACUGGAGAACUACACACCAGCACCACAAGUGCAGAGGAAACAACCCAAGAAAACACCCGUCCGCACAACAGUGAAGAAAGAACCAUAUUCAGAUCACAACUCCUUGAAGACAGGGGAUGCUGCUGACACUUUUAGCAAUAAUCCAUCUGCUUUUGGAUCAGCGCUAUCCUAUUCAGGUUCAGCACAAUCACAUGCCCGGGAGCCACUGGUACCAUCAAGAAAAAAGAGUUGCGUCAGUCGUCGUAAGCCGUCACCGCUGGAAACGCUUGUAGAUAAUCUCAACUCCAUAAUGCACGAAGAGCAGUUAUGUUCUGGUUCAGGGCUUGGUACCAUUCCAGGAUCCUCAGAGGAAGACCUACUGAUUUAUCAUAGCGAGACUCCCGCUAGCUGCUUUGAGAUUGGGUAUGGAAGCAUGCUUCUUACACAUCCAAACUCAGUAUCAGAAGCAAAUUCUGUUCCUGCACAUAGCAAGUCAUAUGCGAUAAGUCAGUCCUAUUUGGGGCCUGCCUCAUUUACUCUGCAUAGUGGAAGCAACGGAGCGAGGCAUGAACUUCAUUAUUCGAAGCAGCAUAUCCUGGAGAGCAAGAAAGUAGAAGGAAGAGGAGACGCCGGUGGCGCUUUCAGAGGACUUACCAAGUCCACUACGAGGUCUCUCAAAAGACUUUAUGAAAGCUAGCCUCAAAACUUCACAGAUGCAGAAGUGAGAGGAGGAACCAUGCACAAGCCUUCUUCUCAGUUCAGAAUGCCGAAAUCUGGCAAUGCCACUGGAGGAGCAGCUGCAGCUGCAGCAGCAUUUGACCUGUUCAUGUUACCCCCAGACAAAUUAUCAUCCAUGCUGGCCCCUCCAGACAAGGAUGGAGUUCAAGACUCGCUACUGCUGGAGGUUCCUCGCAACACGCUUCACCCGGAGGCAGAGCUUCUUCUCAGCUGCCCCCCAUCAUACCGAUAACCAGUGGGCGGGCAUCCGCCAACUCGGUGAAGUUUGUUUCGUUUUGUGUAGCAUAGCAUAUAUAUGGCUGGAGAAAUGGCAACUUGUAUUAUAGCUGUGUAUGGGCAAUGGAU